AUGAGUUGGCUUGCUGAAUUACUGGAACAAAACAGUUCGGAUCCACGCGAACGCUUGGAACUUGGACAACAGAUACUGUCGCAGUUACAAAUUUCCAGAUUGUCGUCUGACUCCACACUUCUCAAUGAUUUCUGCGAUUUAGUAGUACAAUGGCUUUCCGGCUCUAAUUAUAAAGUAGCUUUGCUUGCAGUAGAAAUUAUUGAUGUAGCAAUUGAGGUAUCCGCGGAUGUAAUCACACCAUAUUUAUUGGAUCGAGCUACUGCUUUAGUAGAACGUCUGGGUGAUUCAAAACAAAGUGUACGUGAAGCUAUGGUUCAACUUCUUGCUGCACUCGCAAAUACAUCACAUUGUAGUCCUCAGGCUGUUCUUGAAAGAAUAUCAUUUGGAUUGAAUCAUCGUCAAUGGUUAGUACGUAUUGGUACCAUGCAUGUAACCCGAGUGGUACUCGAACAUCAGAGGCGAUUUGUAGAACCGCAAAUACAUCGGAUGAUUCCGACCCUUUGUCAUCUGAUGGUUGAUCCAAAUAUUGACGUGAGAGAAGUAGCAGCGAGUACAUUAAUUGUUAUAUUCUGGCAUCUGGGUGAAAACGUUUUGACAAGCAUCCGGAAACGACAACUUAUACCGGAACCAAAGUAA